AAUAAUGAGGAGUGGCAGUUCGGAAUUAUUACUCGAACAGCAACAACAAGAGCUACGGUUACGUAAAAAACGAGAACUGGCUCCGAAAAAGAAAAAUGGUAAUCGUCGUUUUCGGUCGUGGCGUGAACGUGUUAAAUUUUACGGGACAUCGACAUUGGCCUUCUUUUCGGUAACAGCUGGUGCGUCGCUGCUGUUCUUGGUGCCACUUUAUGUUGAUCCAGCGAUAUCGACAAUAAGCCACGACUUCAUCGAUUCACCAACUCUCUGUACGACUGUGCGUCGCGAAGAUCUAAUCGGCAUCUUCAAUUGCUCAUGGAGCUCAUGCCGCGAAGGUUGCACUUCGGAUUUGUAUAAGUGUGUUCAUAUAUAUGUGACGUUUAUCGAGCAAAACAUCACCAUACCGGAAAAUAUGACCGAUUUUAGUAAUUUUACCGCCGAAAUGGAGCAAUCGGCCGAAGCGACACUCCUUGUGAAUAUCAAGGGCUGCGGUUAUCCGCCCACAGUGACGUGCAAGGACUUCAAUGGAUUUUAUGGUCUCGAAGGGGCCAUUUAUCCAUGUUAUUAUUCGCGAAAGAAUAAAACAGUUGUAUUGACGUCCUAUAAUCACGAGGAUCAGGUCCAGGUGAUAGUGAAUUUUUUUUUCGUGCCAUUUAUUGUUACUGUUGUGUCGUCAAUAGCCCUCUGCAUAAUGCAUUGUGAUUGUACGUGUAAAAAGGACCGCAGCCAUCGGCGGAAUCGUCAACCGCAAUGUAGGAGACCAAGAAUUGAAAACUUAAGUGAUACAUCGAUAUCAACGCGAGUGGAUAUGUUAACGCCAGCUAUUGAAGUCUACAAACCGCCCCUCUGACAUAAGGACGACACGGUGGAGAGCAAUUUAGGUAAUCCAUCGACUAGUAGUGAUUUCUAGCAUAAGCAAAACCAAUCUGAGCUUAAGGAUAAUCUAUUUGUUCUUCCAUCAUAGUGUCAAUCAAAAACAAAAACAAAACUAAAUAAUAGAAAGAAAAACAAUUAAUAGUUAAUAUUUAAAUUGUAUCCACUAAUAGUUGUAAAUGAAAUAUAUACAUAUAUAUAAAAUUAAAAACAGUAACAAACAAAUGUAUCGCGUAAAAAAGCUGAAGCUGAAAAACAUACUAUAGACAUCCAUUCAAAACCACUCAAAACAAGCCAACAUAUAACUUAACUAUACCGCUUAAACUUUAUAUGAAUUUCAAGCAUCCAUAAUAUAAAGUAAACAAAUUAAAACUAAAAAUAUUAAAAAAAAAAUUCUCCAAAAUGUUCAAUUCCAUCGAUGGAAAUUCAGCUAAGAAUUAAAAAACAUACUAUUAGAAUCACUAUAGACAAAAAUCGCUGAUAUUCAUAAAAAUUAAGUAAAAUUAAAACAAAAAUAGAAAACAAAAACAACACUUUUGUACCGCGAAGAAACGAA